GUCGCGCUUACUAUACAUCAACGGGCAGUAAACGCCACUGUAGACCACAAAUCAACCCCCGAGUACUAAACUUGUGAUGAGUUCUUACUUCGUAAACUCGUUAUUCGCGAAAUACCAGCCAGGCGAUUCGCUGUAUCCAAGCGGAUUUGAGCUGCCGUCCUGUGCCUAUAACAACGGACCUCCAAACGUUGCAAAGAGAAGACCCAAUGGAUAUCCGGGAGCCGCUUACUCGCCCAACGGUACCAGUCCACAGGGCUACUGCGGGGCAGUUACCAACGCAGCCGGGUACGACACAGCCACGAACUACGGCGCCUUGAAUCAAAAUACGACGUCGAUCGCAUCGUGGGACUCCCGCUUACAGGGCUACACGACUGCCUGGAGCACGCAUUCUAAUGAUCUGGUGGACGGACUGAAGGACCACUGUUCGCAAAUAUCGAGUGCCGACAGUAUCAACAAUGUUAUGUCUGCAAUGCAGAAUCCAACAACUCUCUACCCCUGGGUCAACGCUACAGGUGCACCGGAAGUUCCCAAAAAACGAUGCCGCCAAACGUACACCCGAUACCAAACUUUGGAACUGGAGAAGGAGUUCCAUUACAAUCGAUACCUGACGAGACGGAGGCGAAUCGAACUUUCUCACCUUCUGGGGCUCACUGAAAGACAGAUCAAAAUAUGGUUCCAGAACAGGAGAAUGAAAUAUAAGAAAGAAAGUAAGAAAGAUGACGGUGAAAACAGUAACCAAGACAACAACGAGGAAGAUGAGAAGGACAGUGAAGAUAAAUUGAGUGAGACAACAGUUGUUGCCGUGGCAAUGAAGGAAGAUUCGUUAGAAGAAGACAUUGUUCUCAAUUUGAAGGUAGAACAAGACUGAUUUGAAUACAACAGAAAAAAUUAUUUUGUAACCCCCAAAAUCUCAGAUGAUAAACAAAUUUGGGUUACGUUGGAAAAACUACGUGUCAGACGGAACGUCGUCUGUUGCAUCAAAUCACAGUCAACCCACAUUUUGCUACGUCGGACCACACUGGUCGUUACUGAUAUGAUCAGUUGGUUUAUUCCCAGUGUGAAAUACCACGUAUCCUGCUUGUUUUCGUCAUUCACAUCAUUCGAACCAAGUAACCCACCAUAUCAAACAAACCCGUAUCUGAAGUGUGAUUCCUCGAAUUUUGAAAGAUGCGAGCGAUAAAAAUAGUGCCAGGUCGGCCGGCUGUAGCUGUGGAAGUAUUCUGCGAUUAUGGCGGGCUGUGCUACAUACAAUUUACGGGAGACCAUUAAAUUUAACUGUCUUCAUGAUCGAAACACGUAAAAGUGACUUGAGUCAAUGAACACGACCAGUGUAUCACCAGGCACCUCGUCUUCUCGGUUCAUUCACCUACCGAGUCCACUCACGUUAUUCGUUUCAGCCCAGAACGAGCCAUUUUUAUAAACAUACAAUUCUGCGCACGCUCGGUAAAAAUCUGAAUCGUUCAUCGUCGUUUGUUCACGAGCUGAGCUUUCGCGAUAAUUGAUAACCGAAUUACAACGGCGAAGUGUCGCUGGUAUUACCCGGCAAUCGCAAAGGAUUGUGGUAUUGUAAAAUGGCGUGUUGUACUACUUUGUUAUGGGCUAAACAUUUUUGUCACUGUGGAUGGCUUGAGCGAGGUUAGCUGUAGACCCGACCGACAUAUGCGGAGACAAGCAAUGGAUAUGAAAUGAUACACGGGAAAGGCAAGCUGUUCCAACGGAACUAUAUUCUGGUACGCGAAUGAAUACAUACCACUGACAGAAUAAAUGGUCCGUUCCCGAGAAGAAUUUAACCAACCUUAUUACUUUUUAAAAUUAAUGGCCUUUGGAGAAAAAUGUUAUCCAAUGAACACACGACUACGACAUUCAAUAGACCAUUUGUGGGUUUCUAGCGCGCGUAAUAUUUUGGCAAUUUGUAAGCUUGUCCGAUGUCUUUAAUCCUGUUCGUACACAUUUUCACCAAACAAUUCCCCCAAUUUAAAUCGUCCAGUCGUUGUUCCGCGUCUUGUUUGAUAUAUAACCCAUGUUAAGUAUUUAAGCAUUUAAAAUACAUUGUUUACACGCGAUUCGAACGCGCGCUUUGCAAUUGUGGCGUUUCAAAAGAUCUAUUUUUGAACGAGUCGCAACUAGCUACGAAACACGAUAAACAAGAUGGCGGAAUUGAUGACGUACUCGAGUAAAAUCACGUGACACUGAACCCCACAAAUGGUCCACGGACGGUAAAAUCAACCUUUAUCACGUGAAACUGCUUAUUGUGAUAUUGUUUUCAUCCAAUGUGAAAUUUUGUUCAUGUGGCUCACAAUUAAAAAUAGGCGUCAACAUAUCCAAAUUUAUGGCGGGAAAAGAAUGGCGUUCAAAAGGUUAAAUUCCGAACCGUGCCUUCAGAGGUAUCAGAAGUUUGACUAUUUUAAUAAUUAUAGCCAGAUUACGUCAUAAUAUAUAUCAAUUAUAUAUAUAUAUAUAUAUAUAAAUAUACAUUUUCCGUCUAGUAUUUUUAAAUAUUUAAAAACAUUGUUGAUAUUUAGCAUUUUCUAGAAACUAGAAGUUUUUCUCCAGAAUUAUUUAAAUUUUCUUUGUUUAUCAAAUAUAACUUUUUUCCGUCACGGUGCCAGCGUUGGUGCUAAUAUUACAUGAAUUUUGUUGCAAUUUUCUUAGUAAUUAUGCUCUAUUUUCGGUGUCUCAGGAUCUGUGUGUUUAUUUCGGAGGAAUAAAAUGUUUGUUUAAA